AUGCUGGUGCACACGUACUCCCCCAUGGAGCGCCCCGACGGGCUGGGCGCCGCGGCCGGAGGCGCCCGCCUGUCGUCCCUGCCGCCGGCGGCCUACGGGCCCGCGCCCCCGCUCUGCCACACGCCGGCUGCGGCCGCGGCCGCCGACUUCCAGCCGCCCUACUUCCCGCCGCCCUACCCGCAGCCGCCGCUGCCCUACGGCCAGGCGCCCGACGCCGCCGCCGCCUUCCCGCACCUGGCGGGCGACCCGUACGGCGGCCUGGCGCCCCUGGCACAGCCGCCACCCCCGCAGGCCGCCUGGGCCGCGCCCCGCGCCGCCGCCGCCCGCGCCCACCCCGAGCCGCCCGGCCUGCUGGCGCCGCCCGCCCGCCCCCUGGGCCUGGACCCGCGCCGCGACUUCGCCGCCGCCGCCGCCGCGGUGCCCCGGCUGCUGCACGGCCUGGCCGACGGCGCGCACGGCCUGGCCGACACCCCUCUCGGCCUCCCCGGGCUGGCGGCGCCGCCCGGCCUGGAGGACCUGCAGGCCAUGGAUGAUUCGGGAGUGAGCCUUCUGGACCAGUCUGUGAUCAAGAAAGUCCCCAUCCCCUCCAAAGCCGGCAGCCUCUCGGCCCUCUCACUGGCCAGAGACAGCCUGGUUGGCGGCAUCACGAACCCCAGUGAGGUCUUCUGCUCCGUGCCAGGCCGGCUGUCGCUGCUCAGCUCGACAUCCAAGUACAAGGUGACAGUGGGGGAGGUCCAGCGGCGACUCUCACCUCCCGAGUGCCUCAACGCCUCACUCCUGGGUGGUGUCCUUCGCAGGGCUAAGUCCAAGAAUGGAGGCCGCUGCCUGCGGGAACGGCUGGAGAAGAUUGGGCUCAACUUGCCAGCUGGCCGUCGCAAGGCCGCCAACGUGACGCUGCUCACUUCGCUGGUGGAGGGAGAGGCCAUCCACCUGGCCCGAGACUUUGGCUACCUCUGUGAGACCGAGUUCCCAGCCAAGGCAACUGCCGAGUACCUGUGCCGACAGCAUGCUGACCCUGGGGAACUGCACAGCCGCAAGAACAUGUUGCUGGCUGCCAAGCAGAUCUGCAAGGAGUUUGCAGACCUGAUGGCUCAGGACCGCUCGCCACUGGGCAACAGCCGCCCUGCUCUCAUCCUGGAGCCCGGAGUGCAGAGUUGCCUGACACACUUUAGCCUCAUCACCCAUGGCUUCGGUGGGCCAGCCAUCUGUGCUGCCCUCACUGCCUUCCAGAACUACUUGCUGGAGUCACUCAAAGGGCUGGACAAGAUGUUUCUAAGCAAUGCGGGCAGUGGGCACGGUGACACUAAAGCUUCAGAGAAGGAUGCCAAGCAUCGGAAAUAA